UUGGGUAACGCUAGUUCAUAUAACAAUAUUUUUGCAAUUUCAUGUGGUGCCUUUUGAAAGAAAUGACACUCUUUGUAUUCCACUAGUUAAGGAUCAGCUCAUAUUGUUUUUUUCAUAGUCUCUCAGUUUCUCUUCAUAGUGUCUCAAUAGCUUAGAGCUUUUGUCUGUGUGUCUUAGAAAGUGCCACUGCCCUCAUGGAAGACAAGAGGAAGAAAAGGAGUCCCAAAGUGUCCCUUCCCCAGCCUCCUCCUCCACCAAUCAACCCUCGAAAGCUCACUGUUCUCCCAGCGAGUAAAAGUGCCACAUUCUCAUUGGGUUUACCCCAGCCCCCCUCGCCCAAACCCAGAGGCAAGUACAAGAGAUCGGUGGGGGCAAUGGGUCCGUCUAAAGAAGCUCUCGCUGUUCCUGUGGUUCCCCCCAAAAACACAAGGCCUCACAGAGAGAAACCCAGAGCUCCUCAGCCUGCUGGACCCAGCCGAGUGUCCCAGUCAUCCUCACCACUCCAGCACUCAUUCCUCACCGACGUCUCUGAUGUGAGAGAGAUGGAGGGAGGACUGCUCAACUUGCUCAAUGACUUUCACUCUGGAAAACUACAGGCUUUUGGUAAGGUGUGCUCCUUUGAGCAGCUAGAGCAUGUGAGGGAGAUGCAGGAACGUCUGGCCCGGCUGCAUUUCAGUCUGGACAGUCAUGUGGAGGAGCUGUCUGAAGACCAGAGAAAGAACGCUUCGGACCGCAAUCUAGAACAUUUGCUUUCUAAUCUGGAAGAAUUGAGCAGCUCAAUACAGAAACUCCACUUGGCAGAAAAUCAAGACUUACCCAAGACCUCCAGCACCUGAAGCGGGAAACCAAAUCCAGCUGACUAUCAAAUCACUGUGCCGACCAAAGCCCAAGUUGCCAUGGCUACAACU